AUGCAUCAUAAGCAAGCAAGCAAGCAGGAGUUUCUCAGAUCCCUGAUGCUGCAAGCAAAGGUUCCUGGGAAUCUCAAAACAAACAAUGGGGCAACUCCAGCACAUGAUGGUGGAAAAACAAAGACUCGAAAUAUCGUAUCAAAGCUAGACAACCUGGGAACACUGGAUAUUGAUGCACUGGUGCCUACCUAUGAUGAACAAGGUUACUGUAUCCCAGAAUGGAAACGGCAAGUGAUGGUCAGAAAAUUAGAGGCUCAACUAGCAUCUGAAGAAGAGGUGGAUAGGAAGAACAAGGGAAGCUGUGCACUAGAUAUUGAUGUCUGGCAAUACUCACAGGCUCACAAUGCCAUCCUUGGCCCUUAUGGGGAACUAUUAACAAAUGAUGAUUUACUGUAUUUAGAGAACCAGCUUGAGAAGCUGCAGAUGAAGAAGAAAUGCCAGGAGUUUAAGCAUGAGCUGGAACACCUAACAGAAGAGCUACAGAGUGUUUUUCCAUUUCCCAUUAUCAGUAUCACAGUCAACCCUCAGUUUCUUCAACCUUUCUCCCAGGAUGACACCCAAGAGCUCCCAGCCUGGUGCAAUCAUGUGUCUGGAACAGUAAAAAAUAUGUCCCUACUUCUCAACAAUAUCAGUAGAACCAAGAAAGAGGAGGCUAAUGAGAAGUUACUUCCUAAGGCAGCCAAGUCAGAUUUUUUUUUAAGAGGCUCAGCCAAUAAGGAGAUCUUAGAAAGUAGUGUCUCUGUACGGAAACUGAGAGACAAUUUUGAAAAACAUAAUCUUUUGAGUUACUACAAACCUUUUGAACCCCAAGGUUUGAAGAACACACCCUUGCAACAUAAGGCAAGCAAAGAGCCAGCACUUCAAACAUUAUUCAGCACCUGUAAGACCAAGAGGCAAUUAAGUGGUAGAGAACAGACGUUUGGAGAAGUGGAAAGUGCCAGUGAUUCCAGUAUCAGCUGGAAGGAACUCUACUCGAAAGUGUGUGGGCGUUGUGUUUCAAUAACACAAUCUGCCAUCCUCCGAAAAGAACGAAUUGUGCUACUUUUUCUAAGUCAUUGGAAGAAAUCUGCAUGUGCUCCUUCCUUGAAACUGCUGACUAGGAAGACUCUAGAUACUCAGCAGCCUGGAAAAGCAGGUCUUGUAGAGGUUAUAGAGGAGUUCAGAAAACAGCAGAGUCCUCUGCAGAAGCCUUUGAAAGAAAUGAAGAGAUUUGUCCAUUUAGUUCAUCAGAGAUAUACUAUCAAGAAGUUAAUCAGUCAUUGGAAGGAUGUCAUUUCUCUGCUGUUAUCUCAGCAGGUCAGAUGUCACAAUCAUGAGCACACAAUCUAUUCUCCAGAACAAUUCCUGCCUUAUGUCAAGGGUAAGCCUACUGACUAUAAUAGCUUGAGUCUUGAUCUAUUUAUGCUUGGCUACUUCCAUAUUCUGGAGCUGGAUUUAUCACCUGAGGAACGUAAAGCAAGGCAUCUCCUUUGCUUUGAGGUUUUCAAUCACUUGAGUAGACAUCAAUGGGAAACAGUGCGUGCCUUUCACAAAGCAGUGAUUGAUGAGAUUGCAGCAGGCAAAAGAAACUGGAAGGAUAGUUUUGAGGAUAUUAAGGAACAUUUUUUUGGUAAUAAUAAGGGCAUGACUAAAAACACAGAACUCCGAAGACUGUCAAUGGAAACAAAUCCAAAAACAAUAACCAAAACAAGGAUAUCAGAUAGUGUUCUUGAGCCUAAAGAGCAGGUCCCAGGGAAAUACCUUGAACUAGGUAGCUGUAGCAAUGAUGACAUCUGCAGUUACAUUGACAGGAGUUUUGCUUUCUGGAAAGAAAAAGAAGCAGAGAUCUUUAGCUUUAAAGGAUCAGGGCCUUUACAUUACAAGCCUCUAUUGUAAGUAAGAGUGAGG